AAACGAAACAUCAGUACUGCUAAACUACUAUAAAUGUACUCCAGCCCAAAUAAAAUAACAAAAUAAAGUUAUAAUAACAAUGUAACUUAGUGUUUUGUAGACAUAAAAAACAUCUUAAGUAAAAAAAUAUGGACGAUAACAUUUUAUGUAGCUGUUAAUCGUCAAAAUAAGUAUCAUAGCUAUCAAAAAUAUACAUGCAAUUUCAUAUUUUAACAAUGUUGAAAUGGAUUUUAUUCUCCACUGUACCUAUUUCUAUUUCAAUAUUUUGGUAUUUUCCUGUUUUAUGGAGUAUAACAUAUUUGAUGUUACUUAGUGUAUUUAUUGGAAUUGGUAUCUUUAUGUUAACAUUUUGGGGCCAUAUUGCGUUAUCAUCCCCUCAUCAGGCUUCCCUGUUAUUAUUGGACAAAGCAGAAAAAGAAUCAAGGUUUUUGGAAGAGACAAUCAGGGAAGAUCAAAACUCCUGGGUGUAUGUAAGAAGAAAAUCUCACUUGGCUGUUAUUUUCGGACGCACUGUUGAUAGUCAAUUGCAACUUUUAAUAGACUAUUUGAUAAGAGACUUUGUUGCUCGUUGGCUGAAGGAGUUAUCACACAAGCCUGAGCCUGUUAUUGAUAAAUUCAAGGAGCAUAUGUGGGGCGCCGUGCAAACACUUUAUGAAAGGUUAUUGAGAAUAGAUGCUGAGAAGUUAUUAGCUAAUGAUAUGGUAACCAAAAUAACACAGCACUUUGAAAGAAUAAGGAUUGCUAGAAGUUGUGCUUUAGAACUGAACCAACCUCCUGUAUUUGCCCUGGCACCACACUUGACUUCCUGUGAGACAGAACUACAUUACCUGCGUCAGAUUAGUGAAUUGCUCAUAAUGUUCCUAAUGCCUCGAUGCUACUCCUUAACACCAGUAUCCCACCUUCUAAGAGAAAUAUUGGCUUGCAAAAUUUUGCAACCAGCUAUUAAUCUAGUCACAGAACCAGAUUAUAUAAAUCAGAAGAUAAUUCAGUAUUUGGAGGCUCAAAAAGAAGUAGACGCUAUGCAUGUGAGGACACACGAGUAUGCAAAAACAUUUGAAGAUUAUAUAAGACUUAUAAACAAUUGCAAUAAUGUUGACACACUGAAACGGUUACGUUAUGAUAUUGUCACACAAAUAAUGCAAGCUACUACAUUACAAAACAUGAAAAGGGCGAAAGGUAUUGAUGUGGAUAUAAUUGAGAAGAGUAGCACACAGCAUAACAUCAGCCGUCAACAACUGGCCGAUGCUAAGAAACUCAAGAGAUACAUCAACCAGCUGACUAUAGCUAAGGUUGAAUGUGAAAAAGCUUUAAAAAAACUUGGCUGGGACGGCGCAUUUCCUGCUGUGGAAUCAGAUAGUAAGACCAUUCCAUUACACAAGGUUUUGGAGAGUGUGACAGGCCGUAGAUACCUCUCCAUGUUCUUAGAGACGAUGUGUUCGCAAGGUUUGGUUGGAUUCUGGACGGCGGUUGAGGAGUUACGUCACAGUCCGAGAAGCAGCUGGCAUCAGUUAGGAGCUGAGAUAUUUUACACAUAUAUUAGGUCACCUAGUGCGGAAAUUAAAGUUGAUAAGGAUACAAGAAAAAGAAUGGAGGCUUUCCUAUUAGGUGAUAAAGGCCCAGAAGUAUUCUAUGAGGUGCAGGAAACUGUAGUAGAUACGAUUCAAGAAAAGUAUUAUUCUUCAUUCCUAUUGAGUGAUCAGUACAAAGCUUUAGUUGUUGAACUUGCCAAAGAAGAAGCUAACAAAGAUUUAAGUUCAGAUAGAUCACCAGUAGAGGACCGUCAGAUGUCCGCGGAGUCUGCGUCAUCAGCGGAGAGCGCGGGCGGCACUGUGCAUCUCGCGGACCACUCCACGUACGCGCGCCGCAAGCUCGACCAGCUGCAGGAGAGACACAAUAAUAAGACACAGGCUUUAGCAGCAUUACGGGCGUCAUUGAAGCCUGAGUCUCCAGCACUAGCGAUGUUGGCCAACGAAGUUGAGAGGCUGGCCGGAGAACAGAUGCGUCUGGAGGCUCAUCUCGCGAGAACAGACACGUGGGCGGAGCAUCUCGGCAGGUGGCGGGCUUCGGUACAUAGCGCCGAGGUAAUAGACGAGUCGAAGCCACCUCAGUUCGUGAUAGUGGUGCACAUGGCGGAGCAGGAACCAACGGCUGAUGAUGAGCGUCCAGAGCAGAUAUCCACCGGAUGGGUGCUGCUCCGGACACUUAAUGAGUUUCAAGAAUUGCAUAGAAAAUUAAGGCCCAUGUGUUCUGAGCUGAAAAAUUUAGAACUACCGUCAAAUUCGUUCAAGUUUUUAUUUGGAAAGAAUGACAGACAAUCUUUAGAAAAAGCGAAAACAUUGAUACAGAAGUAUCUAGAAUUUGUAUUAGAAGACGAAAGGUUAAACCAAAGCGAAGCUUUAUAUACAUUUCUUAAUCCUAGUUCAGAAUAUUUAAAACAGGGAGAUCUACCAAAGAAAAAUAAGUUUUCAUUUUCUACAUUUUUUAAAAGCACGAGCAGUGAGUCUGGGGGUGUGUGUGGUGCGGGGGGUGAGCGCGGGGGUGAGGGCUGCGGGCUGGCGGCAGAUGAUGACGAGAUGUCCCUCUAUCUGGACGGCAACGGCGCAGACACAGCCAGACAUCUCAAUAACACCACCAGAGGCGCGGUUGGUAUGGCGGAGGAGCGGGACAGUAUAGCGGAGCCGCUGUACGCGUUGCUCAGUGAGGUGUUCGAUAUGCGCGGCGUCUUCCGCUGGCUGCGAAAGACAUUGGUCACCUUCGUGCAGAUCACUUACGGAAGGACCAUCAAUAGACAAAUAAAGGAGACGAUAUCUUGGUUGUUCUGCGAGCACAUGCUGCACUAUUACACGGGUGUCGUGCUCAAGUCGUGGUGGCCGGGCGGCGUGCUCAGCGAGACCACCAACAACAGAAACCUCAGGGAUAAGGAGCACACGCGCACGCUGGCGCUGCAGCAGCUGUCGGAGAGUGUGACGAGCGCGCUGGGCUCGCUGCUGGGCGCGCACACUGCAGCACGCGGCGCGCACAAACUCUUCCACACGCUGCAGAACACUACGCACAACAAACAACUCUUCUAUGAACUAUUUGAAGUGGUCCUUCUUGAAGUGUUACCAGAGCUCAAAAGAUAUCAGUAAAUAUAGCACAAAUAUAUGU